AUGCAGAACCAAGAUGCUGCCAUUGAGAAGCUUGAAACACAAGUUGGUUACCUAUUCAAUCAGACUUCUGGCAACAACAGAAGUAAAAAGGAGGAGUGUCAAGCUAUCACUCUAAGGAGUGGGAAGGAACUGAAGGGAUUUGACCAGAAGAAACUAGAAGAAGAGUCAAUUGACGAAGGAGAAAGGCAAGAUGGAGAUCAGAGCCCAACUUCUAAAAGUCAAAAAGAAGAAGGGAAGCUGAAGCCGGAUGUCCCGAGAUUCUUAAAGAAGCUCAUGACUAAGAAGAGAAGCUGGAAGAACAACGAAACUGUGAUACUGACCGAAGAAUACAGUGCUAUCAUUCAGCAUAAAUUACCCCAGAAAUUGAAGGAUCCAGGGAGUUUUCAGAUCCCCUGUGUCAUAGGUGAGAUCACGGUAGAGAAGGCUCUUUGUGACCUAGGAGCCAGCAUCAAUUUGAUGUCAGUAGCUAUGAUGAGGAAGAUGAAUAUCGAAGAGGCUAAACCAACAAAGAUGGCCCUACAAUUGGCAGACCGAUCAUUCAAGUUCCCUCACGGCAUAGUAGAGAAUUUGUUGGUAAAGGUGGGAAAGUUCAUAUUCCCAGCAGAUUUUGUGAUCCUGGAUAUGCAAGAGGAACCCAAGGCUUUCAUUAUCCUGAGGAGGCCCUUCUUGGCCACUGCAGGAGCUGUCAUUAACGUCCAAAAAGGUGACCUCACCUUGAGAUUACACAAUGAAGAGAUGACCUUCAACGUAUUCAAGGCCAUGAGUUACCCACCAGAGCAAUCUGGGGAAUGCAUGAGGUUAGAUGCGCUUGAGGAAGAAGUACAUGAUGACUUUGAGGAAGAAGAACCUGAAGAGCCAGAGAGGGUAGUAGGGGAGGAAUAUGAAUCAAGUGAAGAGGUUGCAGCAACAGAAAUUCAUACACAAGAAGCGCCCAAGGUGGAAAAUCAAAAGUCAGAGGCACCAAAGCUUGAGCUCAAAGCACUGCCACCUACUCUCAAAUAUGCAUAUUUGGGGAAAAACGGAAGUUACCCAGUAAUCAUAAGCUCAUCCCUCAACCAGGAUCAAGAGGAUGAACUACUCCAAGUACUGCGGAGGCACAAGGAUGCCAUUGGAUGGACUCUUGCUGACCUGAAAGGAAUAAGCUCAGCCAUAUGCAUGCACAAGAUACUGCUAGAAGAAGAUGCCAAACCAUCCAUUCAAUCUCAAAGGAGGCUGAACCCAAUUAUGAAAGAGGUGGUGCAGAAAGAGGUUAUGAAGUUAUGGCAGGGAGGGGUGAUAUACCCUAUCUCAGACAGCCCAUGGGUCAACCCUGUACAUGUUGUCCCAAAGAAAGGAGGAAUAACUGUAGUUCCAAAUGAGAGGAACGAAUUAAUUCCUACAAGGACCGUCACUGGAUGGCGGAUGUGCAUAGACUACAGAAAACUCAAUGAAGCUACACGAAAAGAUCAUUUUCCGCUUCCAUUCAUGGACCAGAUGUUGGAACGACUUGCAGGCCAUGCAUUUUAUUAUUUUCUCGAUGGCUAUUCAGGAUAUAACCAAAUAGUGUUGCCUACAUCACCUAGCCCUGGUAUUGAAGAGAUGUCAAGAGACCAAUCUGGUUUUGAACUGGGAAAAAUGUCACUUCAUGGUGACAGGAGGAAUAGUCCUUGGUCAUAA